AUCUUCCCGGUGACCCCAGCCGAGCGCAGCGGGGCGCUGUGGCCCGGGGCGAACCAGGCCGGCCGGCCGGCUGCGCCGCCCGCCGCCAUGGAGCCCAGGCCCGUCGCGCCGCGGCCUCGCUUGUGCGACUCUCUCGGCGCGGACCAGACACCCUCGGCCUCUACGCUGAACGCGGCCCGGGCCGAGGCUCGGCCAGCUGGGCGCCGCGCUCCCGCAGUGGCUGCGGUGUUGCCGGCGGGGGGUAGUGGGGAGCGCAUGGGCGUCCCCACCCCGAAGCAGUUCUGCCCCGUCCUGGAGAGGCCGCUCAUCAGCUACACGCUGCAGGCCCUGGAGAGAGUAUGUUGGAUAAAGGACAUUGUUGUUGCAGUAACUGGAGAGAACAUGGAAGCAAUGAAGGGUAUCAUUCAGAAGUACCAGCAUCAGCGCAUCUCACUGGUUGAAGCUGGAGUGACCCGUCACAGGUCAAUUUUCAAUGGACUCAAAGCACUGGCAGAGGACCAGCCUGACUCUAAACUGUCUAAGCCAGAAGUUGUGAUAAUCCAUGAUGCUGUGAGACCAUUUGUUGAAGAAGAUGUCCUUCUUAAGGUUGUCACAGCUGCUAAGGAAUAUGGGGCAGCAGGAGCAAUUCGACCUCUUGUAUCUACUGUAAUCAGUCCAUCUGCUGAUGGUUGCUUAGACCAUUCACUAGAACGUGCCAGACACAGAGCAAGUGAAAUGCCACAGGCUUUUCUAUUUGAUGUGAUCUAUGAAGCAUAUCAGCAAUGUAGUGACUAUGACUUGGAAUUUGGAACUGAAUGUUUACAGUUGGCUCUAAAAUAUGGUCACAUUAAAGCCAAACUUGUGGAAGGAUCACAUGACCUCUGGAAGGUGACCUACAAACGAGAUCUGUAUGCAGCUGAAUCGAUUAUUAAGGAAAGAAUUUCACAGCACAUUUGCCUGGUUAUGGAUACAAAAGAUGAGAAUCAUGUAGGUCAUCGUCUUGAAGAAGUACUAAAAGACGAAUUACAUCAUGUAAAAGUCACGUCUCGACUUCCGUGUCACACUGGCAGAGAUCUUGAUCAAAUCAUGUCAGAGCAGUGCUACAGUUACGUUUGCGUGAAUGUUAUGACCUCUGAUUUUGAGGAAAUCCGGAAGUUAGUGGAUAUGCUGGAAGAGAGUAAUCUUUCCAUUUUAUAUCCUGUUGUUGUUAUUUCAGUAUAUUUUCUUGAUUAUAAAUCAGUACCUUUUGAUCAGAAAAUGGAAAACCUAAUGCAGAUUAGGGAAUAUGCAAAGGAAGUGAAAAAAAGAAAUAUUUUAUUAUGUGGUCUUCUUAUAUAUUAUCCACAGGACGAGCAGAAGCUACAGGAAAGUUUAAGGCAAGGUGCUACGAUUAUUGCCACCUUAAUCAAAGAAAGAAAUUCUGGACUUGUUGGUCAGCUCCUGGUAGCAUGAAGAACACAAAGAUAAUUACUUAUUGGGUUUUAGAAACAUUUAUCUAGGUAUCUCUGCUGUGCUCCCUUCCCUAUUAUAUGUAGUGGCAUGUUUAUAGUGUCUUUUAUGUCUCAUAAUUGGUGGGAUGUGAUGUUUGGCUUAAAAAAAGUGGAUCAUUGUUUAUAUCUGUGAAAUAAAAAUAUACUUUUGUGCAUGUCAAAUAUAAAUUGAAUCAGAAAAUAGGUAAAUGGAAACUAAUUGCUUUCACAUAAUCUUUGCACAAAAGCAUAAAAGAUUGAAUAGAAAUAAUGACGGCUGAGCUAAACAUCCUCGAAAUGAGAAUUCAGAAAACAACCAUGAUCUUAUCUCUGUGUUAAUUAGCAAAUCACAUUGUCUUGAUACUAAUAGAUAUGACUUAGAAUUAUUCUUAAUACUAAAAUUGUCCUCUUACCAUGUGAUAUUUUGACCUGUAUUCUAAUUUUCCACACCUUAAAAAAUAAAUAAAAGAGGAGAUAACAGGGAA